AUCUUAUCAUUUUAAGUAGACAGAAAGAAAGAACUUUAUUUUGCCACUGCAAAGGGAAGACAUCAAUAUUCAGAUAUGGAAAUUCCCAAUUUGACAGCUGCAUUAUUUGGAAACUCUACAUCAGUUCAGUUUGGUCAUGACAACAUUCUACUCGGAGAAGAACCACCUCCUCCUAUAGAUGCUGAAAUGUCCAGGAUUGAUCCUGUACACAUAAAGAUAUCAGAACGUAAGGUCUCAGUCAUCAACAUGAUUGACCUUCAUGAGACUGAGCUCCAGCUGGACUCUGUGGAUCAUCUCAUCGCUCAACCAAUGCAAGAAAAUCAAAUCUGUGCCUUCAUCUUUGUUGUGCGAGUUGGUCAGUUAACAGAUGCUGAUAAGAUGGGUCUUGAAUGGCUACAGUCAGUGUUUGGUGACAGAGUUCUUCAGUUUGUAAUGAUUCUCUUCACUUAUGAGAGAGAAGACGAGUCUGACACUAUAAUAGAUGAUCUGAAGAAAAACACUGUUCUGGAGGAGCUACUGAAGAAAUGUGGAGGAAGAUUUCACACCUGCAGCAAAACCAUGAACAACCAAUCAGAGAUGAGAGAACUGAUGAAGAAGAUUGACGAUCUGUUUAACGAGAAUCAAAAUAAAUACUACACUGAAGAGAUGUACAACACACAGUUAAGAGAGAGAAAAGAACAGAAAAAAAAAAACAAUCCCACAAUUAAUAAAGACAGAAUGGCACACACCACAGUAGAAACUCAAGAAAAACACAGGGGAGAAGGCAAUGAAACAGCAACAAACAAUCCAGCUCAAAACCAACAAGUUACAAUUAGAAAAGAAAAACUAGAGCAUCUCCUUCAAAAACUUCAACUUAAAGACCAGAACAAACUGAGAGUUGCAGAUGUUCUUGAGAUAGCUAUACAUUCAUUACAGUCUCAUGAAUUUUGUACUGAGAAACAGCUGGUGAAGAAUUAUCUACAAAAACUAUUGAUGAUGAACUACAGAGCAAGAUAUAUUAAAACUCAAGAGACAAAUGAACAUCAUCACACACAGCAAACAGACAAAGACUCAAUAAAUCAAAAAGGUAGUUUUUUCAAAGCUAUGUCUUUGUCUAAUAAGGGAGUAAGUAAACCAGACCCUGUUCACCCGAUGGAUGUUCAGAUGGCUGUGUUUCAUUGUGCUGAUAGUUUCCUAAAGCAGCUGAUGGUCACUAAACUCUCACAGUGUCAGUUUGCUCUUCCUCUUCUUGUUCCUCAUCCAAUCACACAACAGAUUGAGUUUCCUCUCUGGACAUUCAGACAAAUCAACAAGAGCUGGAAGAUGAGAAAUACUAACAAUGAUAUCAUCAGUAAAGAAGAGCCAGUCUACAAAGCAGAAACUCCAAUGGUGUCGUUCUUCAGGUUUGGUUCUGUGUCUUCAUCCAAGUCUCAGCUGAUGAACAAUCUGAUCAAUGAGAAACACAACACGUUCUUCCACAGGAACUGUCCAGGCAGCAGCAGAACCAGACUACUGAUGGAUGGAGUGGUGGAGAUUGCCUGGUUCUGCCCAUCUGGAAAAGACACAGAUACAUUUAACAACUGUGUUGCUUUCUGUAAUCUUCAUGGUGAUGCAGGAGACCAUGAGAAACAACUGCAGAUUCUGACUCAAAUGUCUUCAGUCAAUGUCGUUCUUCUGUCACAGAUUGAUGAGAAUGACAAAAACAUGAUCAAACUUGAAAAUCUCUACAGUGACUCAAAGCCACUUAUUUGCCUUUUUACUGAGGAUGAAUCUGGUAAAACACAGACAGACACUGGAAAAUACAAAAUUGGUCUAAAAGGCAGAAAUCAGUCAGAAGUUUCAGAAGAACUCAGAAGAGCUAUUAAUGAUUGUCUCUCAUCUUCAGCAUCAGCUUCCAUGUUCAGCCUUGAAGAUUUGUCCAAACACUCACAUAUCAGAGUAGAUGAGGAAGAUGAUGAAGACUGCAGGAGAGGAAAAGAAGCAGCACAGCAGAUGAUGAGUUUACUGAAGAAUAAAAAUCUGAGAGAAAUCAAAGAAUCAUUUCUGCCCAUUCAGGGUGAACUCUGGCAUCUGUGGUGUCAAAAAAACAAAGAACUUCAUCGACUUCAGGGGAAUGAGAUACAACAAGAAAUAAGCAGAAAACAAACAGAAAUGAAGAAAAUUCGUGAAAAGCAACAUAAAAUUCACAUGAGUGAGUUUAUAAAGUUAUUUAUUAAACAGAUGAACUCACAUGAAGCAAAUGUUAAUAUAUAUUUUCUUAAAUGGCUCAGAAUCUUCCUGGAUGAAUUUACAUCAUGCCGUUUGUUGGAUAAUUUGCAUCUUACACAACAAGCUGAACAAACAAAACUUCAAAGUGCAACUAUUGGUUUGGAGCACAUCAUGAGAGAGAUCGGUCAGAUCUAUGAAUCAUGUUCAUCUGUAAAGAAGAAUAAGACAGAUCUGAAGUUUGACUUCUUUUCUCUUCCGAGUCUUGCAGCAGAGAUGAUGAUCUGUGGAUUUCCACUGGAGCUGAUGGAUGGAGAUGCUGCUCAUGUUCCUCUGAUCUGGAUCACUGCUGUUCUAGAUGAACUCAUAAAUAAACUGGGAGACCAGAGAGUCUUCGUGCUGUCAGUUUUAGGUAUUCAGAGCUCUGGGAAAUCCACCAUGCUGAAUGCCAUGUUUGGACUUCAGUUUGCAGUCAGUGCUGGCCGAUGUACCAGAGGAGCUUUCAUGCAGCUGAUCAAAGUAUCAGAGGAGAUGAAAGAUCAGAUGAAGUUUGAUUAUAUUCUGGUUGUUGAUACUGAAGGUCUUCGUGCUCCAAAACUGUCUGAAAGAUCCACGAGACAUCAUGACAAUGAACUGGCAACAUUUGUUGUGGGUCUUGGACAGCUGACAUUAAUCAACAUCUUUGGAGAAAACCCAGCUGAGUUGCAGGACAUUCUUCAGAUUGUUGUUCAUGCUUUUCUAAGGAUGAAGAAGGUCAAACUGAAUCCCAGCUGUAUGUUUGUACAUCAGAAUGUUUCAGACGUCACGGCUGGAGAGAAAAACAUGGAGGGAAGAAGACGACUACAGAAGACACUGGAUGAGAUGACAAAAGUCGCUGCUGAAGAUGAAGUUUGUGAUUCUGAAUGUUUCAGUGAUGUCAUUAAUUUUGAUGUACAGAAUGAUGUGAAGUAUUUUGCACAUCUAUGGGAGGGGAACCCACCAAUGGGACCACCAAACCCAAACUACUGUGAGAAUAUUCAAGAACUAAAGAAAACUAUAAUUUCACGAUCCUCAAAAUCAGAUGGUAUGAGGCUGAAACACUUACAAGAGAGAAUUAAAGAUCUCUGGGAGGCUUUACUAAAUGAACGAUUUGUGUUCAGCUUCAGAAAUUCUCUGGAGAUUUCAGUAUACAGGAGACUGGAGACAAAAUACAGCAAGUGGACCUGGACUCUUCACAGUGCCAUGCUGGAAAUUGAGAACAAACUACACAACCAAAUAGAAAAUGAAGCAAUUCAUGAGAUUGAAGAAAGAAAUCUUCAGAGAGAACUGAAGAAGAAAAGUGAAGAAGUGAAAAACGCAAUUUCCGAAUUCUUUGAUAAAGACCCAGAUGCUGAUAUACUGAUUCAGUGGAAAACAUCAUUUGAGAUAAAAAUCACAGAGCUUCAGAAGAACGUUGUGAGAGAAACAAUGAGGAAAUUAAAUGAAAUUCUUCAGCAGCGAGAUCUGAAGAGAAAGAUUGAUGCUCAGAGGACACAACAUGAAAACACUCUCUUAGAGAAAAGCAAAGAACUUGCAUUAAAACUCAAAGACAAAGCAUAUGAUGAUGAAAUACUGAAGAGAGAGUUUGAUUCGUUUUGGGAAGAGUGUUUGAAGAAGAUCACCACAAAUACUACUCCAAUCAAAGACAUUAACAUACUGAGAGAUGUUAGAAAGAUCCUCACUGAUAUCUAUGAAAGUCUCGCUGUAGACCAAUGGAAGGAGAACAGAAACAUUUUUACUACUCAGAAUUAUUCAGGUUAUGUAUACAUAAAGAAAUCCUAUGACAUUGUUAAAAAAACAUACAAACAAAUCUCAGGAGGUUCUCUUUCUGAAAAAACUGAAAGGAAAAUAAGAGCCUUAGUCAAUGACAUUGCACAGCAGAUAGACAUAACGAUUUAUUCCUUUAAUAUUUCAAAGUUGGGCUACAACAUAAACUGCAUUCAGAAACUCACAGAUCACAUCAAGACAAAAAUAACAGAAUAUGAAGAAGAGUCGGAGAAAUAUGCGUUCAAGAAGGAAUUCUCAGUGGAUUUGGCAUUUUCUAUAUUUAAGAAAGCAGAAAAGACAAUCACUGAUCAACACAGAAUGUUCAGAGAAGCCAAUGAUCCUGUUCUCUAUCUGAAGAAGAAGAGGAAUGAAUACUAUAAUAUUUUCCAGAAAUACUGUGAUGGAGCAACAUCAGCUGCUAUUUUUGGUGAGAUUAUUUGUCAGAAACUGAAGAGACCCAUUGAACAGAGCGUCUAUAAACAGACUGCCAGAGAUUUAGCAGAUGAAAUCAGAUCAAACUGUCCAUCACUGAAUGGAAACAGAUCAAAUCUGGAGAAACACAUCCUGAAGAAACUGGCAGAAGAGGAGAACUUUGACAAAUACGUGAACUACAUUCAAAACCCCAAAGAUCACUUCAAGGAUUUCAUCAGGGAUGAAGUCAGUCAGUACAUCAGUGAUAAGUUCAGACUCCGUGUUCAACCCAAGAUGAAUCAGAACAUUGAAGUCCUGCAGCAGAAGAUCCUGACAGCAGCUCAUGAAUCUACUGAACAUGUUCAAGUGAAGAGUGGAGAUGUUGAUUUGUGGUUGAAGUUUUUCACACAGAAGCUCUCAGAUGUUCUGAUAUUCUCUGUGAAGGACUUCAGUGGAGUCAAUCAUGAUGAUGUUGAUGAUUUCAAACUCCUAAAAGAUGUGAUGAGAAAAGAACUUCCAUCUAUAAUGUCUGACAUCAGCAGAGAGUUCAGCACAGAUACACUUGAUAACAAACUAGAUCUCAAAAACAGACUAUAUCAGAUUCUGAUUAAUCAUUUCUGUCAGUGCUGUUGGGUUCAGUGUCCAUUUUGUGCAGCCAUCUGCACCAACACAAUAAAAAAUCAUGAUGAAGAUCACAGUGUCCCUUUCCAUCGUGUUAUUGGUGUUAAUGGGUGGUUUUACAGAGAAACAACAAAUCUAUGUAUAAACAUCUGCACAUCAUCAGUAAGCAGCAGUGAGUCUUUUUUUCUAAACGAGAAGUCAAUCAGAUGGAAAAACUACAGGACAGCAGGAUGGGAUUAUGCAAAGUGGAGCAUCACCCCUGACCUCUCUGAGCUGCCUUACUGGAAAUGGUUUGUCUGCAGAUUCCAGAAAGACCUGGCAAACCACUACAAUAAAACAUUUGAUUAUAGUAUUCCAUAUGAAUGGAGACAAAUCACAAAACAAGAAGCUAUCAAGAGUUUAGAUAAGUAUAUCUAAUUAAAUGAAACAUUACUUUAGUAAAUUUGUUAAAGGUGUGGUGAAUCUUGCAUUUUUAUUGUUUUAUACUGUUGUCUUAGAUCUACUUAUGGCAUUUGCAUGGUUUAUACAUUUAAAUCAUCAAAAGCAAAAAAUAAAGGCUGUUUUGUACCCUGUGUUUGAAGCUGGCUCAAGAAACACUCUGUUUUGAUGGGCGGGCAGCAUUGAAGACUUGGAAGUAAUUGCCCACUGCUAUGACUGGAUAAAAGUUUUGUGUGGCAAACUAGCUUUACCGUAAA